AUGGCGGCAGACAGGUACACGCAUGGGCAUCAUAGCAGUGUUGUUGCCCAGCACGCCUCCCGGACCGUCGAAAACUGCGCGAAUUUUCUGAUACCUCACUUGCAAGAAGAUUUCGCACUGCUGGAUGUGGGAUGCGGGCCGGGCUCCAUCACCCGGGGCUUUGCGAAGUAUGUCAAGUCCGUGACGGGUGUGGAUAACUCUGAGUCUGUGAUCGCACAGGCCCAGAAGGCAUUGGGCGAGACUGGAUCCGAAGGCAUCGAAUUCCAGACUGCUAGUGUCUACGACCUCCCUUUCCAAGAUGCAACCUUUGAUGUGGUUUAUGCACACCAAGUUCUGCAGCACUUGUCAGAGCCUGUCGCAGCAUUACGGGAGAUGAGGCGUGUUUGCAAGGCAGGGGGCCUGAUCGGCGUGAAAGAUGCGAUAUAUUCCACCAUGCGCGGCUCGCCAGCACUGCCCGGAAUUGACAAGUGGCGGGACGUUUACAUGGCCACAGCCCGUCAGAACAAAGCUGAGCCCGAGGCAGGGCUGUUUCUGAAAAGAUGGCUGCGUGAGGCUGAACUCAAGGACGUCGACUACACAACUUCCACAGUCACCUACUCGUCGGCCAACGAAGUUGCAAGAAAGAACUGGGCCGAAUCCUGGGCGGAGCGCACGAUUCAUUCCUUUGGGACGCAAGCCCUCGAAUAUGGCAUUGCAAAGGAGCCGGAGUUACAAGAGGUCGCAUCUGCAUGGAAGCAGUGGGCAGCAGAUCCAGAGAGCGUUUUUCUCUUUGUGAAUGGUGAGUGCUACAUCCGUGGAGACUGCGUGACCUCCAUCGUGCUUAAGGCAGGCAAUGUUGAGGGAGAGGCGGAGAACGAACUUGGAUAUUUUGCCGGAAGUGCCACGAAUCAGAGUGGAAGGAGAAGUCACCUUGCUGCUCCUGACUGUCUCGCACUGCAAGAAGUGAUUCACGAGGCCUUGCGGCAAACACAGAUUACUGGUCUGGAUGUCGAUGCGGUGGAAAGCUGUGCGGAUGGCAAGAUCCUGGACGAUUCCCUGGAGGCGACCGCCUUUGCUCGAGCGUACCGACCACAGGGCACCCUGAACGUCGAUGAUACAGCUCCGCUUGGCAUCAUCUCAGCCAAGUCGGGUGUCGGAAACCAGCUGGAGGCCGCGGGCCUCUCACAGAUCCUCAAGGUGAUCUUGGGAUCACGUGCAGCAGCCUUCCACCCGACGCCGCAUCUUAGGAUCGUGAAUCCGCACAUCGACAUAGAGAUGUGCGAGCGGAAUGCCAUACUCGCGGGUGAGAGCUUGGACUUCAGACUGCCGUCAACUUACACGGGUUCAAGCCUUAGUCGCUGA